AACGACGUGGUUUUCAAUCGGAACUACGUCCUAAUCCUCUUCCUCUCCUCCUCCUUCUCUUUACUGUAUCUCGUCUCCGUUGAAGCAGCAAAGGAAAUAACGAAACUCCAUCAUGAACCAUGGAUCUGAAUCCAUCCUCUUAAUGGAGUUCCAUAGUGAAUAAAGAUCCUCCGAGCUCCAAUGGAGCUCCGGUAGCGAUUCUCGGAAUGGUUGGAAGCUGCAAAUCCACAAAGGGGAUAUCUGUGGCGGUUAUUGACGGCAACGCCGUCGUUGAAGGAGGCUAGAGGUUGACCAAAUUUGCCGAAAAAGUCGUAACCGUCCCUGAAGUACUCUCCGAUAUUCGAGGCCCUGCUUUUCGCCCUCAUCCCCUUGACUAUCGAAACCAUGGAACCUUCUCCUGAAUUUCUCAGUAAAGUUAUUAAAUUUGCUAGAGCUACUGGUGAUUUGCAGAACUCUCUCUGAUAUUGAUCAAACUCAAACUACCAUAAGCUUGAGGGUAAGAUGGUAGUGGAAGGAAUAGAUGCAUCCCAGGACGAAUACGAUGAUGAAGAUGAGUAGCAGAGAAUUAUUUAGGAGAAAGAACAUUUCAAUGUUGAGGAAGAAAGAAGCUGACAAAGCUGGUAACUUGAUCAGGUCUCUAAAGACGCUGAUGAAAAGUGUGCAAAGGAUAAUCGAAAUGGUGAUGAGGAGCUUUUGUCCAUCUUAAAAGAUAUGAGGUUGGAGGAAGAUUCAUCAAAGGCUCUCCAAGACGAAUGCUGAAGCAACUUUGAGCAAUGGUGAGGAUGAUACCGAUCAUAAUAUUGAAGUGGAAGCUGAGGGGAUCGAUGUUGCUAGUGAGGCUGGGGAUACCGGAUACCUUUGAGGCACCAUCGAUGGCGGAUGAUGGUAGCAGCAAGCAGAGCUGGUCGUUGAGAGCCUUAUCUGAGUCCAGUGUAGCUUGUACAACCGGUGACUAUGCGAUGCAAAAUGUUAUUUUUCAAAUGGGUUUGCGUUUGCUUGCACCCGGUGGUAUGCAGAUCCGCCAACUAAAGACGUGGAUUUUGCAAUGCCAUGCUUGCUACACAUUAACUCCUGAACUAGGAAGAGACUUCUGUCCCAAGUGCGGUAAUGGCGGCACUUUACGCAAGGGAGCGGUCACAAUAGGCGAGAAUGGCACCAUCGUAUUCCACUACGAGGGACCAAAAGACGCAAUCACCAAGAAUCUGGUUCCAACUGCUUCAAAAGUUUCUUCGUCGCAAUUCCAAGAAGAACCGUACACUUACGGGGUUGAACUUCAUGGGCUCGCCCAGAGCUUCAUUCGAGAAGGAGGUGUGGCAAGAUUUAGAAGCGAUCCAUGGAACACGAAGAAUGACGCAGAGGAAGGAAGUGACAAUCUGACUUACGUCCGGUAUAACCUUAGUGUAACAAGUCAGGAAGUCUCCUACGUCUUCCGUAUCACCAAUCACUCCUUCUUUUCUAUUUUGAGGAUUGAUAAUAACGGCCAGUUGAAGCGAUCCACGUGGCUUCAAGCGCGAAAACUGAAAGUGCGAACGUUUCCAGAUGACGCGUGUGGAGGGUACAAUUUGUGCGGGGCUAAUGCACUCUGUGACAGAGACAAUUCACCAAAUUGCCGCUGCGUCACCGGAUUUCAGCCGAGGGACGAGGAAUCAUGGGGCUUUCACGACUGGACAGGUGGGUGUGUGCGGAAGACACCGUUGAACUGCUUCGGAGAUAGGUUUGUGAGGCUUAUCGAAAUGAAGUUGCCAGAUGCCUCAGAGUCUAUUGUGGACAGAAGAAUUAGGCUGAAGGAAUGCAGGGACAAGUGUCUUGGGAACUGCAAUUGUACAGCGUAUGCAAACACUGAUAUGCAAAAUGGCGGAUCAGGCUGUGUGAUUUGGGUCGGAGGGCUCCUCGAUCUCCGCAAGAACAACUUUGCCGGCCAAGAUCUUUAUGUCAGACUGGAAGCCGCUGAUGCAGCGGCAGCAGAGGCAACGAAACAUACUAAAAUGAGUACAAUAGUCUUAGUGCUGAUUAUUGGAGUCGGUGUUGUGCUUCUUCUUGUGGGUUUCGUCACUGUCGUAUUGGUCUGCUGUUGGAAAAGAAAGAAGAGGCCAACGAGAGCGGCUGAAGCAGCACCUAUCGGUAUUCUUGGGACGUUACUUGACGGACAAGCAAUCGCAGUUAAGAGACUGUUGAAAAGUUCAGCUCGAGGGAUCCAAGGGUUCACCAAUGAGGUGCAACUGAUCACGAGUGUUCAACAUAUUAACCUUGUCCAGGUUCUUGGUUAUUGCUUUGAGGGUGAUGAAAUGCUUAUAGUCUUUGAGUUCCUGGAAAACUCAAGCCUCGAUACCUAUAUUUUCGGUUACUGCCAAAUGUGGAGGAACUGGAAGGAAGGAAAAGGCCUGGAGAUGGUAGAUCCGGUUAUCGUAGACUCGUCAUCAACGCCAGAGGAGGUUCUAAGGUGCGUACAGAUUGGUCUCUUGUGUGUUCAAGAUUCUGCAGAGGACAGACCGGCGAUGUCGUCUGUGAUUUUGAUGCUCACAAGCGAGAGAACACAGAUGGAUCAGCCCAGACCUCCCGGUUUUUGCGUCUUAAGAAGUCGGUUUGAGAUUGGUUCCUCAUCAACAAAUCAGCCAAACCAAGGAACAUGGACCGUGCCCGAAGUAACCAACUCGUUGAUUGAAGGUCGUUAAUGUAACGACAUGAUGAUUGUGUCGGAUAUCUUAUGCUGCAUUAGAACACUUUGAAAGAAUAAGCAGUGAUAAAAGACUUUUUUUUAUCCUUUUGUAAGGUUUUUUUUGUUUGGUUUUUAUGGAUUAAGGGAGCUUACUUACAUUAAUCUUUUUUUCUAAAAGCCACCCUUAUUGGAUGUGGAAUUGUUUUAUGUUUUCUAAAAUUUCAUGUUAUAUUGGAUAUAAAAUUCUUUUCAACUAAUCUUUAUACUUAUAAAGCACAAGUCAGGC